GUGCCUUGAUUCAAUCAAUCAGACAAUCACCGAUUCACCGUCCUUUUUUUCUUGGCUAUCGCUAUCUUCUGACAGAAAUAAGAAAUUCCUUGCAUUGUACGACAUUCCUAAUUCAUCGUCUUCAACGUUCGACGACAGGGCUAGGGUUUCGAAUUCGUCGCAGUUUUCCUGAUGCCGACGAUUUCGGCAUCACCUACUCUACGCAUCGUCGCCGUUCUUGUUUUCGCAUUCAGCCUUUGUUUCCCGGCUGUACUAUCGAAGCAGGAUCUUUCGAGGGCAAGCAAUGAUGCUUGCACGGGGUUCACACGUCCGGGAUUGUGCCCUAUCAACUGCUUUCGGCCAGAUCCGGUUUGCGGCGAGGACGGGAUCACGUACUGGUGCGGCUGCCCUGACGCGCUGUGUCACGGUACUGGAGUCGUUAAAUUAGGGCCCUGUGAGGUUGGAAGCGGCGGCAGUUCUCCUCUCCCUGGGCAGGCAUUGCUAUUGGUUCAUAUUGUCUGGCUCAUCUUGCUAGGUCAUCUUCUCUUUUCCAAGCAUGAAAGAUUCAAGUGGGAUGGAGAAAGGCAAGAUUUUAGCAUCCAGGAAUCCAAAGUGCUAUCUCUUGUCAUUUAAGUCCAAUUCUUGAUUCUUCUAACUCUGCCAUUUUGGGAUCUGGCCAUAAAAUGCCAAGAAGUGACAAUAUGUGAAAGAAAGUAACAACUAUUGGAUGCCUCACAAGCCUAUCAUGA